UCGACAGGCAGUCAUCGGCUAUCGAUAACUGCAGUACGCAGCAAGAAAAAAAACACACACGUCACAACACUUUUGCCGCAGUCCCACGCAUCGAGAGCGAUUAAGUCAAAAUGGCCAAACAAGUGGAUGAUUUCCCGGGCAGCAAGCUGCACUUCUACCAGAAGCUGGCCCUGGGCAUUAUCCUGGGAAUCGUGCUCCUCUCCCUGCCGGCAUUAUGCGCCGGCCAGGGCAAUCCCAGUUUCAAAUACUCGCGGGAAGCCAAUGAAAACUUUGAUCCAAAGAAGGCUCCGCCGGCAGUGCACGAUCAUCAUGACCACGAUCAUCAUCACGAUCAUGAUCAUCAUCAUCACGAUCAUCAUCAUGAUAACGACCACGACCAUGGACAUCAUCAUCAUCACCGCGAAGAGCGCCAUGCAAAGCCGGCAUUGGAUAUGGGCACCAUUUGGCUGCACUCGAUUGGAUCCACUCUGCUUAUCAGCGCCGCGCCCUUCGUUCUGCUUUACAUCAUUCCGCUCGACAACAGCGAGGCGAUGAAACCGCGCCUCAAGGUUCUGCUGGCGUUUGCCUCCGGCGGCUUGCUGGGCGAUGCCUUCCUGCACUUGAUUCCACAUGCCACGCACCCGCACAGCCACGGAGAGCACGACCAUGAUCACGAUCACGGACAUGAUCAUCAUCACGGAGAAGAGGAGCAUGGACACGCGCACAGUCACGACAUGAGCGUCGGCCUGUGGGUGCUGGGCGGCAUUAUUGCCUUCUUGUCCGUGGAGAAACUAGUGCGCAUCCUAAAGGGAGGCCAGGGAGGACAUGGGCACAGCCACGGUUCUCCGAAGCCCAAUCCAGUGCCCGUUAACAAGAAGGCGAACAAGGACGGCGGGGAUGGGGAUAAAGCGGCUGCCAAGCAGACCAGCAGCAAGCCAAAGGCCAAGAAACAGGAAGCCGAGCCCGAGGGCGAAGUGGAGAUCUCUGGCUACUUGAACCUGGCCGCCGACUUUGCCCACAACUUCACCGACGGCCUGGCCAUCGGUGCCUCCUACUUGGCUGGCAAUAGCAUUGGUAUUGUGACCACCAUCACCAUCCUGCUGCACGAGGUGCCGCACGAGAUUGGCGAUUUCGCCAUCCUGAUCAAGUCGGGCUGCUCGCGGCGCAAGGCGAUGCUGCUGCAGCUGGUCACAGCCCUUGGUGCGAUUGCGGGCACAGCGCUGGCACUUUUGGGAGCCGGCAGCGGUGACGGUUCGGCGCCUUGGGUGCUGCCCUUCACAGCCGGUGGUUUCAUUUACAUAGCCACAGUCAGUGUCCUGCCGGAGCUGCUGGAGGAGUCCACGAAGCUGAAGCAGUCGCUGAAGGAGAUAUUCGCCCUGCUCACCGGCGUGGCCCUGAUGAUUGUCAUUGCCAAGUUCGAGUAGAGCGUGGUUCCUCCAAAACAAACUUAAAAAUGUUAAGCAGGUCUUCAGAUUCUCCCUUCUGCGAUGCCUUGAAACAACCUUUACAUUCUCCCAGUUCGCAAGGAUCGGAGGAAACUUACUUGUCGAAAUGGAAUCAUGCUGGCAUUAGUUGUUAAGCCGUCAACAUUUGCACUUUACUUUGUAAUUAAAUGUUUUUAAAUAGUCGAAACAAUACAGUGUGGAAGCUA